AUGACAUAUUUCGAUGUUAUUUAUCUAUCUGUGGUCACGGCGAUCCGGGAGCUCCUCCAGGCACUGGACACGUACAAGAAAAGUGCACAUCUAACAAAGGAGGACAAGGAUAAACUGGUACUGCUGCAGCUCCAGAUUAGCAGUACGGAGGACCUGAAAUGUUUGUUUGUCUUGCUGCUUCGCUGUUACAAUCCCUCCCUCCAGAGUCGUCAGUACUUACAGGAUCUGAUUGUGACGAAUCACAUGUUGCUGCUGUUACUUGAUGGGGUUGAGGAAAUUCCCGGAUCCAGUUCCGGAGACAUGCUGAAUCACAUCAAACAGUUUGCGAAUGCGGAAAUUAUGCAUCAGUAUGGUCUUUUGUUGGAAAAUUUCCGAGAAAAUGGAGCGUUUGUGAAUGAUUGUAUUUUUACCAUGAUGCACCACAUCGGGGGUGAUCUGGGUCAGAUCAAUGUACUGUUUCAACCUAUUAUUUUGAAAACGUAUUCACAAAUCUGGGAAACGGAAUAUGAACUAUGUGAUGACUGGUCCGACCUGAUUGAAUACGUCAUUCACAAGUUCAUCAGUACACCCCAGCCAACACAGCUCACGUUGCCAGACGAUUUGCCGGAGAUAAGUACCCAGCUGCUGACGGCCAAUCUUCUGGAGACUUGGACUCAGGAAGAGAAGGAUUCGCUGCACUGGUACUAUGUCCAGUGCAAGCAGAGCAAGUGUUUGGCGGCGGACAUUCUUAAGCUCUUCCAGGAGAACGGAAACAAGAAGAUAACUCGUGUGUCGAUAAUCGAGCAGCUGCGGGAACAGGACAUCAUCAAGCUGCAGGAGUACGAUGAGCUGAUGAAGGUGGAAAACCCGGACUACGAGCGGAACGUCCAGACGCCGGCCUUUUCGGUGGCCUCCGGCAAUUCGGGCAAACGGGAGGACGAAGGCUCUCCGAUGUCGAAGGCGGUCGACGACAUUCAGGUCUUGCGGGAACGAUUGUUGAAGGAGAACAAAGGAAAGUUGAUUGUGUGGCUGCAGAAAAGUUUGUUGGACUGUUGCUUCGUGAAGCUGAAUCUACUUAGCGGUAAUCUGUACGUGACUGCCAACAUCAGCGGGCAGUGCAGCGUAGUCAUCAUGGAACCGGUAUCGUACCACUGCAUUUUGAAAAAGAAAUCUAUACCAGUCAUACCGUGGAACCAGGAACAAUUCAGCAUACUCUCAUAUCAACCAUUCAUACUGUUGCUCCAUAAGCUGGGAUUCCAUUUGCCAGCCGAUGCCAAGAAAAUGUUCGUUCGAAUACCAGAAUUUUGGACCGCCGACAUCCUGUACAACAUUGCUCAGAAAUUAGGUCCCCUGGAAAAGUCCAUCAUCAAAUUCGACUUAAAAUACCUUAACAAGGCCCUGUCGAUGGAGAAGCAAGCCAGCAAGGAGGACGAGCCCUGCCGACUGGUCCCGGAACAUCGUCCCGACAAUUAUGGCGCAAUAGCAAGGUCGAAUAAGUCAAAUCCUGUUUGCAGAUUUACACCCGAAGUCACCACCAACUGGCUGCAGCUGGUCAUGAGCAACAAAGUCGUAGAAAGAACAUCGAUCGAUUCCCCAGGAACAUCUUCUGGUAAGCGAGAUGCGCCCAGUUUGCUUCAUCCGGGAUGUAUCCCGAGCCUGCAGACGUCUAGCCACGGCAAGCUGUCUCACGAUUUGUCCAUCAUCAUAGAGGCCACUAACGACGAUCUGCAAAUCGAUGACGUUAAGGACUCGGAUACGGAAGAAACCGAUGACGACAAGCUGGACUUUUCCGAUGGGCCCACCCUGGAGGAGCACGAUGUUAUGAGGUGA